GGCCGGGCCGGGCCUGCAGCGCGGGGCGGGGACGCGGCGGGGACGGACGGAGCCACGUGGCGGCGCGGGGCGCCCGCUCGCUGCCGGGUUCGGUUCGGCGUGGGGUCUCCUUGCAGGCUCGGCUCCGGGCCCAAAAUGAGCGACACUUCCUGUAAAAAACGUGAUGACUACCUGGAAUGGCCCGAGUAUUUCAUGGCAGUGGCCUUCUUGUCGGCCCAGAGAAGCAAGGACCCCAAUUCUCAGGUGGGUGCCUGCAUCGUGAAUGCCGAGAACAAGAUCGUGGGCAUUGGGUACAACGGCAUGCCCAACGGCUGCAGCGAUGACCUUCUGCCGUGGAGGAGGACCGCGGCCAGCAGACUGGACACCAAGUACCCGUAUGUAUGCCACGCCGAGCUGAACGCCAUCAUGAACAAGAACUCAGCCGACGUCAAGGGCUGCACCAUAUACGUGGCCUUGUUCCCGUGUAACGAGUGUGCGAAGCUUAUCAUCCAGGCAGGGAUAAAGGAAGUCAUUUUCAUGUCUGAUAAGUACCAUGACAGCGAGGAGACGACAGCGGCGAGGUUCAUGUUCAAUAUGGCGGGGGUGACCUUCAGGAAAUUCACACCCAAGUGUAGCAAGAUCGUCAUCGACUUUGAGUCCAUCAACAGCCGACAGAAUCCGAAUGAGCAGUGAGCCUCAGCUCUAUGGAGCUGCCCAGGACCUGGAUGUGCCUCCCCAGCAAGUCACUGGCCCUUCCUUUCACCUCCCAGCUGCCCAUCCAUAUUCCCGAGCAGGGCAACGGCAUGGACGGGAACCCCCAGUCUUCCGGCUCAUCCCCCCUCCGCCCGGAACCCGCCUCUGGUUAAACUGUUGAUUUAAGAUUUCAAAUCAUGGUGCCCAGGGGCAGAGCAAGAGUGCAGGGGUGAAGACACUCGUCUUGUGCGCGGCUGACCCAGGUCCUAUCCCUGGCACGACAUACAGGCCCCUGAGCACUGCCAGGAGUGCUCCCCGAAUGCGGAGCCGGGAGGAAGUCCAAAUUGCUGCUGGAUGUGGCCUCAAAGCCAAGAAAAGUAAAAUG